CGAGCUGCAGUUGAGCUUUGGAAUCUCAAUCUCAAGGAACAACAAUAAUUAUAAUAUUUUAACAGAACUGUUAACAAUUGAUUGUAUUAUUUACUAGGAGUUAAAAAGUAGUGUAGUUGCUUAAUCUAUGUUAAGGAUUUAUCAGUAGUUUACGGACGUUGGGAGAAAUGGAAACGUGUAGAUAUUCAAAUUCAAGUUUGUAGUUUUUUUAUAAAUUAUGAAUUAAAAUUUUGAUUGACGGAUGACGGACGAAGAGAGUCUGAGAUUUUAUUUGGUUUGAUUAGUUAUAUUUAUAUUGUUCGAUCUUAAAAUAAACUUUUAGUUCAGUUCGUAUGCAGUAUGACAUUAGCAAUUCAAAAUUUCAAAUUUACCUUACGUUUCUGGUUAAAGUUCUAAAAGUUAUUUGAAGAAAGUGUGUCAAUAAAUCUACUCUGUAAAGUGUAACGUAAUAUGGAUUUUAAGAAAAAGUUAAAAAAUCUUCUGCAGAAAGAGGGGUUCCAAAAAGUUCAAAAGGUUCUGUCUCCUUCGUCCAGUCACAAUCAUUCCGCGGGUGUGGAUAGUUCUUUUUUGGUGCCCUCUGUUCAACAAUUUCGUACAAUUAAUAGAGAUCCAGAGGCUGAACUUCGAAGUCACCCAAGUGAUCCAGAGGCUGACGAUGCUAUUUUAAAAACUAUCAUUCCUUCCUUGUUUGCGACAGAAGUGGACCCCAGUUUGUAUGAGCUUGAAAAGUUGCCGGAUCCUUUGGAUAGAGAAUAUAUUCAACUGGCCAGGCAGCGUGUUUUGAAAGAGCUGACGGUGGUCUCGAAAAAAGUAUUUCAACUGGUUCUAGAAAAACAGUCUUGUUAUUCGGGAGAGAUUCAGCGUGUUCGCGAGAUUGAAGACGACUUAGAAGCUGCAAUUUUUACGUGCACCGAAAGUAGGGCAGACUUGGCCAUAGCAAAGCAACAUUUUACAACAAAAAGUCUAGGAAUAUUGGCAAACUAUCGCAAAAGACAGGCUGCAUUAAAUCUUCUUGGCUCUCUCAGAACAAUUGACACAUUACAAAGAACAGAACUUCGUUUAAAAGAACUUUUGACUGAAGAGGAUUAUCCUGGUGCCAUCAAGUUAUUGCUCGAGUGUCAGCAAGUUGCCGUCACAUUCAGUCAUUUUACAUGCAUCUCUGAUUUAUCAAAAAAACUUCAAGAAACUUUGGAAAACGCAGAAGAACAAUUAGACGUAUCCCUAUCCAAGGUGUGUUUAUAUUUUGACAAUCAAAAUUACAAUAAACUUCAAAAAGCGUACCAACUCCUUGGGAAAACCCAAACUCAAGUGGAUCAAUUGUUAAUGCAUUACACAUCCGCGAUCCAUAAUACUGCUUUUAGCGUCGUUCAUGGGUUUGCUGAGCUAUGUCGUUCCGAGGAUAUAUCUGGAGGAAAUCUACAAAAAAAGCAAUACCAAGAUAUAUGUGCUUGUUUGACUGCUGACAUAUUUAUUCCCUGCUUGGUGGAACUGUGUAAAGCCUUGUGGAAAAUAAUCCUAAGUUAUUUCAAGCUCACCGCGUGGCACAAAACUAAUUCCGAAAGAGUUGCAGAUGCAAGUGGAGAAAUUGACAUCAAUCAGGAAUAUGUUAAUCAGAAAUUAAGCAGCGGAUCCACCCGACUUUGGCAAGACAUUCAGACAAAAGUAAAAACAUUCCUACUGGCGAUUGAUUUCACUGGCUUCAAAAUUGACGACUUUAUGCAGAUUCUUUCAAUCAUUUAUAAUUUACAAGCCGUGGGACUUCAAUUUUGCACUAGUGAAUCUGAAUCUUUGCAAGAUUGUGUUCGACAAGCAAGCCUUCGUUAUUUUCAACGAUACCAUGAAACUAAACUAGACGAGAUUCGAAUAUUCAUUGAAAGUGAAGGAUGGCAAAUGUGUCCUGUUAGAUCGGACUUUGAUUUAAUUCAGUUGAUGGAAUUCAAGUUUCUUAAAAACCAGAACUUGUGUUCCGUUGAUUCGCAAUCUGCUGCUAUUACUGAGGGCAUAUUUGACAAAUACUUGGAAUCCGGAUCCCCUUUCGAAAUAAAGAAGGACGAAUCAGAGGAAAACAUUUACGCGAUCGCGGACAUGAGAAAUGACAAUCAAGAUAAUAAUUUGAGUCAUCAUAAUAGCACGGAUGAGAAAGAUCAACCGAUCAUGACAAACACAACUCUAUCUAUAGUAAGAUUAUUCGGAAGGUAUUUGCACAUGAUGCAUCUAUUGAAAGCAAUUGCAUAUGAUGUUGCAAUUUCAAUGAGUCAACUAUUUGAAUACUAUUUCUACUCUGUGUUCGUUUUCUUUGCAACAGAGAAUGGGGAUGUGACUAUUGAAUCCUUGUCUAAUGCACAGCUUCGUGUCGCUUUGAGCAGAAUCAGAGACAAUUUAAUUAGACGCGAUGGUGAUGUUUCAACCGGGAAGGUGACAUGUCCUGUGCCUCAAAUCGAGAUAGAUUUACGUGAUGAAAAUAAUUUAUUCGGGCUGGCUGAACGCGUUGUUAGCUCUGAAUCCUGUGUGCAGCUUUCUCUGCAACUUGACAAGUUAAAAUCUUACAUGCAACUUCACAUUAGUUCUUCCAAUUGGGAUUCUAUUGCUCAACUUGUUGAUCAGGCUGUUAUUGUUGCUGUUGAACUACGAAAACCGAUUUUAGCUGGAAUUUCAUGCCGCGCAGUUGAUUAUCCAGCCAUUGUGAGUCAAAUGGAAAAAGUUAACUGGGAAGUGAAAGACUUAGUAAGCCAGCACAGCAAUUAUGUUGACGUCCUUUUACGGGCAUUGCAAGUUUUCUCUAUGAGAGUUAGUGCAAUUUCGACGUCAUUACCCAUUCCAGAUGCCGUACAUUCCAUUUUGUGGGAACAAGUCUUCAGGUUUUGUUGCAGAGUUUUUGUGGAUGGGUUUAGCAUUGCCAAAAAGUGUUCUAACGGUGGCCGAGGUCUAAUGCAGUUGGACUAUACACAAUUUCUUUCCAAGCUCGAAAAAAUGGCACCAAUGAAUGUUAAAGAUUUACCAGACCGUGAAUAUGCUGAGAGCUAUAUUAAAGCCUAUUACAUGCCUGACACUAUAAUGGAGGAGUGGAUACAAUCUCAUACGGAAUACACGACCAAGCAGCUAACAACCCUUGUGAAUUGUGCCUUACAAGGCAACCGGAAGUCGAAGCAGCGGUUGUUGGCUUUGGUUGAAGAUCUUGAAAAAAUUAGAAGAUGAUAUCAAAUGUAAAAUCUCUAUGCAAGUAUUAUUACCAAGAAUCUCGACAACAGAACAGAUCUAAACGAGCUGGUCACCAAAUGUUAAACCCAAGAUUAUUCUCUCGGUGAAAUAAAAUGAGUACAAAUAUAUUAUAAAAAA